UGAUGAAAUAAUGGGAAUACUUUUGGCAUUGAUUUCUUUAUUUGGGGUCUUUUUCACAGUCGUAAUCAUGCUGAUUUUCUACAUUUACAGAAACACACCUAUAGUUAGAGCCAACAACUCAGAGUUGAGCUUCCUGUUGCUCUUCUCAUUGACUCUGUGUUUCCUCUGUUCACUUACUUUCAUUGGUCGGCCCACUGAGUGGUCCUGUAUGUUGCGUCACACAGCAUUUGGGAUCACUUUUGUCCUCUGUAUCUCCUGUGUUUUGGGGAAAACAAUAGUUGUGUUAAUGGCCUUCAGGGCUACACUGCCAGGAAGUAAUGUCAUGAAAUGGUUUGGGCCCUUGCAGCAAAAACUCUGUGUUCUUAUUUUUGCACUUAUACAGGUGCUUAUAUGUGCAUUUUGGUUAAUAUUAUCUCCACCAUUUCCAUACAUGAAUAUGGAUCAUUAUCAGGAAAAGAUCAUUUUAGAAUGUAAUUUAGGUUCAGCUAUUGGUUUCUGGACUGUGCUGGGUUACAUUGGUCUCCUGGCUGUCCUUUGUUUUGUUUUAAGCUUUUCUGGCGGAAAACUGCCAGACAACUUCAAUGAAGCUAAAUUCAUCACAUUCAGUAUGCUUAUAUUCUGUGCUGUAUGGAUCACGUUUAUUCCAGCUUAUGUCAGUUCUCCUGGGAAAUUUAUUGUCGCUGUGGAGAUAUUUGCCAUUUUGGUCUCUAGCUUUGGUUUACUGUUCUGUAUUUUCCUGCCAAAAGGCUAUGUAAUUUUACUGAGACCUGAAAUGAACACUAAGAAGCAUGUUCUGACAAAGAUGUCAAAUGAUAUCCAUUAA